UUUGAAGGCAUACAUUCUGUUGGGCGAAUCGCGCUACCUGGGCCGAUUCCAGCGGCACUACUCGGCGGUGAUGAAGUACAUCUCACGGGGCCCCAUGCUGCUAGAUGUGCACAUGCAUCGGCCACACACCAACUCACGCAACUUCAUGGACGCACUGCUUGCGUUCUGGCCCGGUCUGCAGGUGCUGAGCGGAGACCUGAAGCCUGCCGUGGAGACGCACGAAAUGCUCUACCAGGUGAUGCAGCGACACAACUUUAUACCCGAGGCGUUCACCACUGAUUUCCAGGUCCAUUGGGGCCAACACCCACUGCGACCAGAGUUCCUUGAGUCGACCUACUUCCUGCACCGGGCCACGGGAGACCCCUACUACCUCCACGUGGGCAAACACGUCCUCAAGGCACUGCAGAAGUAUGCACGUGUACCCUGCGGAUAUGCAGCCGUCAAAGAUGUGCGCACUGGUCUCCACGAAGACAG